AUGCAGGAAAGAGAUAUUGGAUACUCAAUGUUGGGUCUCAUUUUGGAAAAGGCAACUGGAGAGAAAUUUCAUGAAUACGUGACAAAGCAUAUUUUGCGACCUAUGAACAUGAGUCACACAUACAUGAGAUAUUCAACCAAACAUGUUGGUGAAAAGAAACACUUUGUAUUACCAAUUGUACCAACCACUCAUUUAGAGUCUCUACAAGCUACUGAAAUGGUACAUGACGUUAUUCCUAAUUACUGCUGGUAUGCCCCAGGAAUUUUUAACUCUGUGGGAAUGUAUUCGAGUCCAAGAGACAUGGCCAAAUGGGCUCUUUUACAUUUGAAUUAUGGAGAAAUAUUUCCAUCGGAGCUAGAUCCUACAGUUCAACAACAGAGAAUUUUCUCACAAGACACUGCCAAAAUCAUGUACUCUGAACAUUUUCGCUCACAUCCUAAUUGUUCCAUUACAACAGCGUAUGGCUGGAACAUUGAAAAGAAGCCUGAUGUUAAAUAUUUGACAAGUAGCGGGGUUUUUAUGGAGCCAUUUUACACUCGCGUUGGAGUAUUUCAUGAACAUGAUUUGGGUAUUGCAAUUUUAGCAAGAGGUAUUGAUACCAAGUGGGAACUUGGGUUUGACAUGUUUGUCGAUAAGAUUGUUGACACUGUUCCAUGCAAAGAUAGAAAAUCGCCACUUGACAAGAUUUACGUCGAUAACGACUUGGGAAUGUGUGUUUUUGCGCUGGAAAUCAAGUCACUUCCUCAAUUCUCUGAAGAUUUUAAUUAUAUCGCCAAGUACAGUGGUUGCUACGUCAUGCAUGAAUAUGAACAUACAACUUGGCUAAAAUUUAAGAAAGAAUUCUUAAAGAAAAUUUGUGUUUCUGUGGAAGAUAAUCACUUGUACAUUUCAACAGGAAAUAGUGACAUUGAGUUUAUUGCAUUGGAAAUGCCAGGUAGAACUUUGCAAAAUGAUCCUCUCUUUAUUACAGGAAUCAAGGACGGAGAUUACGUCAUUAUUGCAGAUGGUUUCUCAGACAUCUCAUUUGAAUUUAUUGAAGGACAAGACGAAGCAGCAUACAUGACUCUGAGUAGUGUACCAUUUGAACGUGCAACACCAGUCAAUUUUUAUUCACUGCUUCUCAUGUUAGGCUUUUCUUUCCUUAUUUGUUUUUCCUUUUCGGUUUUACACUUGUCUUUUUGCAUUUACACGUUUAAAGAGCAUACUGCCAUGCAAAAGAAGAGAAAGGCAUCAAUUUUAAUUAAUCGAGUGGCAUCUUUACAGAGACCAUUAGCACCUCAUUCUACGAAUAAUUCACAACAAUCCUUACAGGACGCAGACGUUAUUGGAAUUGAUGAGGAAGGAAGAAAACUAUUUUAUUCUUAUGAAGAUGAUGAAGAGGCCAUGUCAACUAAUUCAUUGACAGGAACAGCUCAAUCUACACGAAUUUAUAGAUUCAUUCAAGUCAAGACUGUGAUUGACGGUAUUGCCAUCUUUUUAAUGAUCUGCACUUCACUCAAUAAUGUAAUUGCAUUAAUAGGAAUUGUCAUGAACUAUUCAUUAUUCAACCAGACAAAAUUGUUCAGCCAAAACGAAUAUGGAAUCCAAUUCUUCCUGUUCGAAUGUCAACUUGGAGUCUUGUUUGACGCUGCUUCCAUAUUGGCACUCAUUGCAAUGUUUGUUGUUCAAUUAAUUCAUCCAAAAGGAAAGAGUCGAAGAGUGUGGCUAUGGGUGGUGAUGUACAUUAUUUCAACCUUUAUUCAUUUGAUAUGGCUUGCAUUUUGUCUCUAUUUUAACUGGUUUGGUACCGAGUAUGCAACAGUUUGA